CUCUCUCUCUCUCUCUCUCUCUCCCGCACUUCCAAGGGGGGAGGGGAUGGUAGGGCUGGAGGAGCCCGCAAAGAGGGGCUGAGGCGAAGACACCCCCCUCCUCACCGCCGGCUCCUCCGGCAGGCAGGCAGGCAGGCAGGCAGGCAGGCGGCAGCUCUGAGCCAGGCGACCCGAGGCUCUGACUACAGAGCAGCAACCCGCCUCUGCCCGCGGAAAAUAAGCGGCUCCACCUGUUCCACGCGCGCGUGGAUGCCCCCGUCCCGCGAGGGAUUCCCUGGACUGAGGUGCUUCCAAAUCAGGAACUUCUGUUGCUGCUGCUGUUGCCUGCCUGGUCGCUUGCCUUAAACGCCCCCUGCUGGAAUCUCCUGCCGCAGCGCCAUCAUGGCCACCCGGUGACCUCUGUGCCCCUGUCCCCAGCCAGCCCGCCAAGCUCCCCUCUGGCCCGCCAGCGGAGACGGUUUUAGGGUAGCGCAACUGUUUCGGCUGCACCGCAACCAUGCCGUAGAACGAAGCACGAGAGGCAGGAGUGCUGGCUUUUAGCAUCGCACAGGGCGCCCCUUAACUUUGAGAGCCCAACAUCCGCUGCCGCGAAGAUGGAGAAGACGUACUCUCUGACGGCGCACUACGACGAGUUCCAGGAGGUGAGGUAUGUCAGCAAGUACAGCAGCAGCGGCACCCUGCCCAACGGGUUCAACCUCCAGCUGGGCGCGACAGUGCCCAAGAAGCCUCGCUGCGGCCUUCCCCGCUGGAGCCGGCGCGAGAUCUGCCUCCUCUCGGGCCUGGUCUUCGCAGCGGGGCUCUGCGUCAUCCUCGGCUGCAUCCUGGUUCUGAAAUACGUGGCCCUCGAAUACGAUGCCUACUGCCUCAAGGGAUGCCAGGAGCGCAAGGCCCUGGUCAAGGUGUCCCGCUUCGUCGCUGGCAACAUCGACCACACCAUUGACCCCUGCAAGGACUUCUACUCCUUCGCCUGCGGCGGCUGGCUGCGGCGGCACGCCAUACCAGAGGACAAGCUCAUCUACGGCAUCAUCGCCGCCAUCGGCGAGCAGAACGAGGAGAAGCUGCGGCGCCUGCUGCUGAGGCCCAUCCGAAGGCCCUACCAGGCCUCGGCCGAGCGGAAGGUCAAGGAAUUCUUCCGCUCCUGCCUGGACAUGGCAGAGAUCGACCAGCAGGGCGCCCGGCCCAUGCUGGACGUCCUGGAGGACUGCGGCGGCUGGGACAUGGCCGCCGCCACGGCCAGGCAGGCGCGAUGGGACUUCAACGAGCUCCUGUACAAGACGCAGGGGGUCUACAGCACGGCCGUCUUCUUCUCCCUCACGGUCAACUUGGACGACAAGAACUCCUCGCGCUACGUUAUCCGGAUUGAUCAAGAUGGUCUGACGUUGUCCGAGAGGACCCUCUACCUGGGACAGGAUGAGGAGAGCGAAAAGAUCUUGGCUGCCUAUCGCAUCUUCAUGGAGAGGCUGUUGAGCCUGCUGGGCGCUGAGAACGUGGAGCAGAAAGCCAGCGAGAUUCUGCAGCUGGAGCAAAGGCUGGCCAACAUCACGGUCUCCGAGUACGACGACCUGCGCAGGGACAUCAACUCCAUGUACAACAAGGUGACCCUGGGAGAACUACAGCGCAUCACACCUCAUUUCAAAUGGAAGAGGCUCCUUGACAGAAUAUUCCAUGACAAUUUUUCCGAGGACGAGGAGGUGGUUCUGCUGGCCACAGACUACAUGCAGAGGGUGUCUGAGCUUAUCCACACCACACCUAUCAGGAUCCUCCACAACUACAUGCUGUGGCGCAUUGCGGUGGUGCUGAGCGAGCAUCUCUCGACGCCCUUCCGAGACGCCAUCCACGAACUCGCCAAGGAGAUGGAGGGAGCCGAGAAGCAGAUGGAGCUGGGAAAAGUGUGCUUGAGCCAGGCCAACAAGCACUUCGGGAUGGCUUUGGGCGCUCUCUUUGUGGAAGAAUACUUCUCUUCUGCCAGCAAGGCCAAGGUGCAGCAGCUAGUGGAAGACAUCAAACACAUCCUGGACCGUCGACUGGAAGAAUUGGACUGGAUGGAUGAGGAGACACGGCGGGCGGCUAGAGCCAAGUUGCAGCACAUGAUGGUGAUGAUCGGCUACCCAGACUUCCUGCUCAACCCAGAAGCGAUUGACAAGGAAUACGAGUUUGAGGUCCACGAGAAAACCUACUUCAAGAACAUCCUCAACAGCAUCAAAUUCAGCAUUAAGCUGUCAGUGAAGAAGAUCCGGCAGGAAGUGGACAAGUCGGCGUGGCUGCUGCCCCCUCAGGCACUGAACGCUUAUUACCUGCCCAACAAGAACCAAAUGGUGUUCCCAGCUGGAAUUCUUCAACCCACGCUAUAUGACCCAGAGUUUCCACAGUCCCUGAAUUAUGGCGGGAUCGGAACGAUUAUUGGACAUGAGCUGACACACGGCUACGAUGACUGGGGAGGCCAAUACGAUCGCCAUGGCAACCUGAUGCACUGGUGGACCGACUCGUCCUACAGCAAGUUUCUCAAGAAGGCAGAGUGCAUCGUCAACUUGUACGACAACUUCACGGUCUACAACCAGAGGGUGAAUGGGAAGCAUACCCUUGGGGAGAACAUUGCCGAUAUGGGGGGACUUAAGCUCGCCUACUAUAAUUGGUGCAUCAAACGGCGCUCGCAAUCCAUCUACCUGCAGGUGCUGACUGACAAACACGCCCCUGAACACUACAGGGUCCUGGGCAGCGUCUCGCAGUUCGAGGAGUUCGGCCGGGUCUUCCACUGCCCCAAGAACUCGCCCAUGAACCCGGCUCACAAAUGCUCCGUCUGGUGAAAGAGCCGCCCGCUCCAACCCACCCCUGGCGUUUGCCGAAACGCUCGCCGGGCUCAGUCGCCACCACUCUAAACCUCGUUGCCCACCGGCUGGACAGAGAAAAAUGAGGGAAACACACACACUCACACACACAAACACACCCUGUUGCUCCGAGCUGGCCCCGUUCUCAGGGACCAACAUGCACACCGACAGACAAGGGCCAUUAUUUUGGGAGGUGGGGAUGGACCGACUCCUGCAGAAAUUGGGCACUCUUCUCCCCAAGACCUCACACAGACCUCUGUGCACACCUGUGUCGCUGCUUGUUGGGAGAGGAACAGCCAAACUCAGGCAAGGCCACCCAAGAGAGGACACUACAGCCAAGCCAGAUGGAGGUGGCAAACAUGAGGCCUGUUUCUCCAACCAAAUCUGGGAAAACAAAACAAAACAAAACAAAACAAAACAAGAUGGCGGACGAGGCCAAACCAAGGUGCCUCCUAAUUUCCCCUCAAAGCUCCAGAUCUCCUCUCAAGCCCAGCUCAUCCCCCAAACUCUCCUUGGGUGCUGGAAAUAUUGAUCAGGGCCUUCUCUAAAAUGGUCAGUAGGCCUGGCAAGGGGCAGCUGUGGCUCAGGGACACCCACCUGCCCCAAGCUGCCCACCCUGGCAUGCCACGCACCACCUGUCCCCUUCUCCCCUGCGCAAAAGCACACCAGGGAAUGCAGGCCAUGUAGAUAUUUGGGGAGGGGGGAGGACCAGGGUGAUUUCUAGGCAAGCACUCAUCCUGAACUGCCUACACAAAAAUCGCAGGGAGGUUAUACGGCACCCCCGUUCCGUCGAGCCUUUAUUUUGAUCUGUUUGCAGGGAGGUUAUACAUAAUCGCGUCAAGCAAUUGCUAUCCCAUACUUUCCAGCACAUUUCUCCUUGCUGCAAAAAAAGGUCAAUCUUUUUUUUAGAUGGGGACAGAUUCAUUGUGGAAGGAGGCCGGCCCAAAUGCAACCUGAGUUUGCCGACAGGCUAUCGACUCCUGUCUGCAAAACAGUGAGAGUCUGGAGGCAGGCUGGCAUGGUCAGCUGUGUGGCCAACCGCACCCCCCACCCCACCCCAAUCUCCCAAACCCUUCACAUACACUCCUAGCCAGCAGGUGGCGCUGUCUGGGCUGUAGGGCUAAGUGGCUCUUUGUACAGAAAAUGUCGCGCUGUAUUUUUCUGCUGCUGAUCAUGUCGAAUUAAAAGGCCAGAGCUGUUUUGUCUGCA